AAAGAUUCACGCUACGAUGGAACUGCCAAGAAGAGUCAUAAUUGAAAAACCAAAAUGGACAAUUUCAAAGAAAUCAGUUUUCAUCACUGUUUUGUGCUGUUUUGCCCUAUUACAUUUUGCCCUGAACUUCUACUUUCACCAGAGGACGUUCAGUAAUGUGGAAAAGAUAUCACAAUUCCUGGAGAAGAACGAUGAACUGCUGCUGCUGGAUAAGCUUCUAAAGGUUGGGAAGCUAUUUGCCAAAUUCAAGAAGCUGAAACAAAAUAAACCUUCUCAGUCGGAUGAAGAAGAUGUGGACGAAAUCAAUGGAUAUGAAGCUGACGAACAAACUACUUAAUUUGAAAUUUUUACUCAAAUAAAUGUAUUUCUCCAAGUUUUCCACUUGGAAAAAAUACCCAAACAAAUAUCACUGAUCAAAUUCUGUUUAUUCUUCACAACUUCCUGACUGUUAUCUUCAUUUGCUUGUAAAAUAUCACAGGAAGCACAAGUGAUAAG